AAUUCGCACCCAUUUGAUGUGGCAGCAGUCGGUGCAUAGCGGAGUCGCGCCGUCUCAUUCAGCCACUAGAGGUAGACCAGGACUUCAUCUAUCACAGAUAAAGUUUUUGCGUGAGGGCUCUGACGACGAGGCCAUCGUGGACCUCGGGAAGACCAGCUCCGCCACGCACACCAACUUCGAGGAAGAUGAGCUGCAGAGCCACCGCGCGGUGUAUGUUGGCGUCCAUGUCCCGCUGGGAAGAGAGAGCCGGCACAGGCGUCACCACCGCGGCCACAGGCACCCGCGUGGGAAGAGGGAACGGGAUCCGGCUGACGCCCAUGACGACACCAGGGAGCCAGCCACCUGCGACACCCCCUCCCAGAGGGUCCAGUUCAUCCUGGGCACAGGGGAUGAGGAUGAAGAGCACAUUCCCCAUGAACUCUUCACCGAACUGGACGAGCUGACCUUUCGGGACGGGCACACGGGCGAGUGGAAGGAGACGGCCAGGUGGCUGAAGUUUGAGGAAGACGUGGAAGAGGGCGGUGAGCGUUGGAGCAAACCCUACGUGGCCACGUUGUCCCUGCACAGCCUGUUCGAGCUCCGCAGCUGCAUCCUCAACGGCACCGUCAUGCUCGACAUGCGAGCCAACGACAUCGAGGAGAUCGCAGAUAUGGUGAUCGACAGCAUGGUGGCGUCAAAGCAGCUGGACAAGGCGCUGCGUGAGAAGGUGCGGGAGGCCCUGCUGAAGCGGCACCACCACCAGAGCGAGAAGAAACUGAGUAAUCGCAUCCCGCUGGUGCGCUCCAUUGCGGACAUAGGGGAAGGCCUGUCUUCGUCCCGCCUCUCGCUUCUGAAGCCUGGCAUCUCCACCUCCAGCCUGUGCCAGGGCCGUGAGUCCCUGCCCUCCAUGUUCCUUAACCGCCUUCUGCCCAACCCCUCCCCCUCGCCGCCGCCACCCCCCCAAAACAGCCCGCCAGCCCCCCGCCGGCCCGCGACCUGCCAGCCCACCCCACAGCUGCUGGUGUCCCGCGUGGAACAGGAUGGCAUCCCUGAGGUGGUGCUGAUUCCCCCGGAGGACGACGAGCCGCCGACCCCGCCCCUGGCACAGGAGGAGGGGCCUGUUGGCGUGGCCAUGCCAUGGUUGCUGCCACCAGAAGGAUCUGCAGGGGCCCCAGCUUCGACCCCCAGCCAUCCAGAGGCCAGCAAAUCUGGCGAGAGCAGGGGCCCCAGAGCAGGUGUGAGCAGGGAGAGCAGCACCGUGGAUUUCAGCAAGGUGGACAUGAACUUCAUGAAGAAGAUCCCUCACGGGGCCGAAGCCUCCAACGUGCUGGUGGGCGAGGUGGACUUCCUGGAAAAGCCCAUCAUCGCCUUCAUUCGACUGACGCCCGCCGUCCUCUUAACAGGACUCACUGAGGUUCCUGUGCCCACCAGGUUUCUCUUCUUGAUGCUGGGGCCACAGGGCAAAGGGGGGCAAUAUCACGAGAUCGGGAGAUCGAUAGCGACCCUCAUGACCGAUGAGAUUUUCCACGACGUUGCCUACAAGGCCAAAGACCGGACGGACCUCCUGUCUGGGAUCGACGAGUUUCUUGACCAGGUCACCGUGUUGCCCCCUGGAGAAUGGGACCCCACGAUACGGAUCGAGCCCCCGAAGAGUGUCCCGUCACAGAUGAAGCGGAAAGUUCCAUCUCAGUCUAAUGGACAAGCUGCCAGCAGAGAAACAGCGAAGGAUGCAGACCACCACGCCGGGCCCGAGCUACAGAGGACCGGACGGCUUUUUGGGGGCCUGGUGCUGGACGUGAAGCGUAAGGCCCCCUUCUACUGGAGCGACCUGCGCGAUGCGCUGAGCCUCCAGUGUUUGGCCUCCAUCCUCUUCCUCUACUGCGCCUGCAUGUCGCCCGUCAUCACUUUCGGCGGCCUGCUGGGCGAGGCCACCAAGGGCAACAUCAGUGCCAUUGAGUCCCUGUUCGGUGCAUCGCUCACGGGUGUGGCCUUCUCCUUGUUUGCUGGGCAGCCUCUUACCAUCCUGGGCAGUACUGGGCCGGUCCUGGUCUUUGAGAAGAUCCUCUUUAAGUUCUGCACGGACUAUGGUCUGUCCUACUUGUCCUUGCGGACCAGCAUCGGGCUGUGGACUGCAUUCCUUUGCCUGUUGCUGGUUGCCACGGACGCCAGCUCGCUGGUCUGCUACAUCACGCGCUUCACGGAGGAGGCCUUCGCCGCUCUCAUCUGCAUCAUCUUCAUCUACGAGGCGCUGGAGAAGCUCUUCCACCUGGGCGAGAUGUUCCCCGUCAACACACACAACAGCCUGGACAAUCUGACCUUCUACAUGUGUCAGUGCUCCCCACCAGCCAACGGCUCCGCUGAGAUCCUGCGCAUUUGGAACCAGACUGACCUCACGGCCGAAUCCAUCUCCUGGAGCGACCUGAACGUGUCGAUGUGCAGACUUCUCCAUGGGGAGUUUGUCGGUCCUGCCUGUGGACCCCACGGCCCCUUCAUCCCUGAUGUGCUCUUCUGGUCCAUCAUCCUCUUCUUCACCACCUUCUUCCUCUCCACCUUUCUCAAGCAGUUCAAGACGGAGAGCUACUUUCCCACUAAGGUCCGCUCCACCAUCAGCGACUUUGCCGUCUUUCUCACCAUAAUGAUCAUGGUGGCGGUGGACUAUCUGAUGGGCAUCCCCUCCCCCAAGCUCAACGUGCCUGACCGUUUUGAGCCCACCUCCAAGCACCGGGGCUGGCUGAUUGACCCCCUGGGUGGGAACCCCUGGUGGACUAUGUUGGUGGCCUCUAUUCCAGCUCUGCUUUGUACCAUCCUCAUCUUCAUGGACCAGCAGAUCACGGCCGUCAUCAUCAACCGGAAGGAGCACAAGCUCAAGAAAGGCUGUGGGUACCACCUGGACCUGCUGGUGGUGGCUGUGAUGCUGGGCGUGUGCUCCAUCAUGGGCCUGCCCUGGUUCGUGGCCGCCACCGUCCUCUCCAUCUCACACGUCAACAGCCUGAAGCUGGAGUCGGAGUGCUCGGCGCCCGGGGAGCAGCCCAAAUUCCUGGGCAUCCGUGAGCAGAGGGUCACCGGCUUCAUGAUCUUCAUCCUCAUGGGUCUGUCGGUCUUCAUGACUUCAGCGCUGAAGUUCAUUCCAAUGCCUGUUCUCUAUGGUGUCUUCCUCUACAUGGGGGUGUCCUCGCUUAAAGGCAUACAGUUUUUUGACAGGAUCAAGCUGUUCGGAAUGCCUGCCAAACACCAACCGGACUUGAUCUACUUGCGCUAUGUGCCGCUCUGGAAGGUGCACGCCUUCACAAUCGUCCAGCUCACCUGCCUGGUGCUCCUGUGGGUGAUCAAGGCGUCCGCUGCCGCCGUCGUCUUUCCCAUGAUGGUGCUGGCUCUGGUCUUCAUCCGCAAACUGCUGGACUUCUUUUUCACCAGCAGGGAGCUCAGCUGGCUCGACGACCUGAUGCCUGAGAGUAAAAAGAAGAGGGAGGAUGACAAGAAAAAGAAGGAGAAUGAGGAAGCUCAGCGGACUCUGCAGGAAAUGGAAAUUGAUGCCACGGAUGACCGAAGCCACCUGUUGAAGGUUCCAGGAAAGGCUCUCCAGGCCAGCCCUGACCCAUCCACUGUAAACAUUUCCAACGAAAUGGCCAAAAGCGCAGCAUGGAGAGCAGUUGCCAUGGAUACUAACAAUGCAAAGCAUGUGAAGGUUAACAUGAGCAGCCAGGAGAAGGUGGCAUGCGUUAGGAUCAACAUGGAGAAGGAAGGGAAGAGAAUGCAUGUGGAGACCUCACUGUGAGGGAUGACCUCCUUCUGGUGCUGGAGAGAUAGUCUUUCCAUUUGGGUGAAUUUUGGCGAUGCUGGGGUGGGGAGCGGGGGGGGUAAUGGGAGGGCGGGGCACACUGCCUGGUUUCACGUCUCGGUCUAAGAGGGCAGAACCAGUCCCCCAGGAAGGAACUUCUCUACAACCGACAAAGAGCCAACAUCAGCAAAACCAAAGGAAAAGGUACCACAAGGUCUAAACACCUAUAGAUAUCCCUUCAGAAACCACCUGGGCUUGUGGGUAAACACCACAGCAGUUUUAUAGUCGUAAAUGCGACGUUGCAUUCGUACCAAAACAGUCAGAACGUUUUUCGGAUCUAAAAGCACAAAGUUGUUUGGGAUAUUUUGCCACAGCUGGUGCGAAACGACGAAGGGGGUUGAACCAGACCUUUGAGGUGUACAUAUUGUUGGAUGUCCUGCCAGUAUGUAUUUAGUGUUCGUCGUAAACUAGUAGCACACCAGUGUAGACAUGCUAACUCCAGCCAUAUUUCUCUUCAGAUGCUUGAUGGCUCGCUGUAGCCACUACAAUCUAAGGAAUAACACCAGCACCAAAUUUUGCAUUUGCUGUUGAUACGGGAAAGAAUAAUUGUCUUCACGUUUACUGUUAGAUGUCACUAAUAAUUUCAGUAACUCCAGCUAGAAUGGAAAAAGCCUUUCAUGGAAAAAGCGCUUCAAUGGAAAAUAGCACAACUUACAUACUAAUUUGCAGAUAUUUUUUGCAUCUAUCCUAUAAUCGGGCUGGAUGCAUCUUUUGUAUAAUAAUGACAGUUUGAUUGGUGGCUAAUCCUUUUGGUGUAUCAUCGUUAGUGGGACUGACAGUGACAAUCCGACGUACCUUUCAGCGAGCUCAGGAAUCCAUAUUGCUAAUUUUAAGGUUAUAAGGCAUUAAGGUUUUUAGGUAUCAUAACACUUUCACUGUCUGAUUUUAACUUUUCAUUUUUCAUCAGAAUCGACCAUCCACAUUGAACGUAUGUCAUCUAUUUGUAUUUCAUCCAUAUUUUUUAUUUAAAAAUUAUUGUAACAGAACAAAAAAUAGCGUUCAUUGGAAAUUUAUUGUAUUUUUACAGCACAAAUAGUGCUUUUAUAUGUGGCAAACAAAGGUUUAACAGCAGACAGUUUCCCCUGUUUGAAUACCUCAUCAUUUUUGGUAUGAGCAAUAAUCCCAACACGUAUCAGAGAAAAAAACAGCACUGGGAAUGUGAAAUGUCCUUAUUGGCUGAGAGUUGUUAAUUACUGUGUUUCAGGCUUGUUUCAGUCCUCGGCCACUGCCUCGAGCUAGCUCUAACUGCACCGCUAAUUAGACGCGGUAUGACUCCUGUGCCUUGUAAUCUCUUUUCCGUUAGUGUACACACGCGAUCAAGAGCACGGAUGGUUCCAGUGUCAGGGUGGGAUGGUGACACUUAGCCACACCUUUCUAGAUAUUUCUGGUCUCUCCGAGCACGAAUUUUCACUCUUGUGGAUCUGGUAUGUUGGCAGAGUGCUGACGUGAGCAGUUUUUGUGAUUUUACACGCAAAAUGCUGAGGCCAUGGAUCCUGCUGUAAAUAAAGACAUUAAAUGUGGAUUUUGCCUUCACAAA